CUUAUUUUGUGGGUAUUUCGUAUGCAAUGCACAAAACCUAAAAUCGCGAUUGCACCAGCUGGAAACCUCAUGAAUUUCAGUUAGGUUUCCAGACUUACUGUUUUUCGAUAAACUCGUGCUGAGUAAAUUUUGCACUGUUAUUGGUUAAUAAUAAUAAAAGUAUGUUCGUGAAAUAUUCCCGUACGUGUGCGUCUGCUGCGUGGCAGCUUGGAAGAUGCGUGUCGAGUGGCUCGUCGGAACGAAUUAUCCAGUCAAUGAAAACCAUCAUUAUGGAUCGAGCACCCGUCACAUACGGCACAUGCGCCACUCCAACCAAAGACUUCGGCCUGUUCUAUGUUAAAGCUGGUGAUGCUAAGCAUCUCGACCUGCACAACGCAUCAGCAGCGGACGUAGAGCAGCUGGCGCGUGCUUGCGAUGCAGCGACGUUUGGGCUGAACAAAGAGGACGUUUAUGACGAAACGUAUCGCAAAGCUGGUAAAAUGGAUGUUGGCGAUUUCGCUGCCAAGUUUGAUGUGGAGCGCUCGGGAAUUCUGGCGCGGGUUAAAAACGAUCUGCUGGAUGGACGAAGCAGCGCCAAGGCAGUGGAGUGCGAGCUCUACAAACUGAACGUGUACGGCGCAGGCGGCUUCUUCAAACCGCACAAGGAUACGCCGAGGAGCGGGAAGAUGUUUGGAUCGCUGGUGAUCGUGUUCCCGGUUGCGCACACGGGCGGCGAAUUGAUUCUGCGCCACGACGGGAAAGAGUGGGCAUUCGAUGCCGGAAAGGAGCUGGCCGCCACUGCCCGCCCGUCGGUCGGCUACGUGGCUUUCUACAGCGACGUGGAGCACGAAGUGGCCCCGGUCCAGUCCGGACACCGCGUCACACUCACCUACAACCUGUACUUCGGCGAUAACGCAGAGAAAACUCUGCCGCAAUCAGAAGCCGUUCGUCAACAGGAGAAAGAGUUUAAAAAGGGACUGGAGCAGCUGUUGGCCGAUCCCUUGUUCCUUCCGCACGGCGGCUUUAUUGGUUUCGGCCUGCAGCACGAAUAUCCGCUGAGCGCCGACACGGCUGCCGCCAGCUUCGCGGGUCGUCUGAAGGGAAACGACGCCGUAAUGGAGCGCGUGUGCGAGCAGUUAGGAGUGCCGAUCGAGCUGAAAAUCUUCACCAGAACCUGGAACAUCGAGGGAGAGCCGUCCGGUGGCUAUCCCGAUUCGGAAAUGGAAGUCUUAACGGACAAAGUGAUCGAUUUUUCGGAGAAGCAAGAGGUUCCAAGCCACGAGAUGACUAACAUGCUCCGGGAAGAAGGCGCUGUGUUUCUCCCUCACGUUCAUCGGAGAUAUGCCAGAGCUGGUGCUGCGACUGAUGAUCCAGAAGCAAAAAACCGUAUUCACUGGAUCACCGAGGUGACGAAACACAACACCAUAAAGACUGAGUAUGUUGCAUAUGGAAAUCAGUCUGAGCUGGACCACUUAUACGGUUCGAUCUGCCUGAUUGCCAAAAUUGGCCCCGUUGGAAAGCGCACUUAAUUGAAGUUAAUUCUAAAUUGAUAAAUAUUAGUUGACUAAUAAUAGCUGACUGGCAGAGCCAGUCUCUGAUACACGUACUUUAAUUACUAGUAUAUCCAUCUGGACGUUAACAAAAGGCACUCCUUGGCAGUGGCCCUUGCACGGCAUAAUUUCGGUUAAAUCACCUCGUUGAUGAUUUGAGACCGUGGUUUUCGGAAUCGCUCAUGAAACCACCACUGUUCAGUGAUCACCGGUUCAGUAUGAGUUAUC